GAGCUCCGCAUGAAGGACGAGGACUGGCAGAGCUUCUCACGCGUGGCUACGCUGGUGGGCAAGACCAUGCCCCACAGCCUGGUGACGGGAAAGACGGAUGGUCCAGCACAGGCACUGGUGGUGCGCGUGGGGGGGUGGCAGUGCCUCAACACGUACGGGCCGCCCACCGUUGCUGGGAGGAGGGCGCUCUUGGACACGGCCAACGCGGUGUUUGUGCAGUGCGGCGGGCGCAGGCUGCCGUGGUUGUGGGGCGGCGACUUCAACGAUGAACCUGCCGAGUCUGCCUGUGAGGCGGUGGUCGUGCACAACGGCGGGGUGGUGUUGCCAGGGUGCGAAGACGGCACGCGGUGGCGUGGACGACGAAAGGUGGAUUGGUUCGCCACCAAUGCGCGGGAAUGCGUUGACGACAUGCGAGCGCUGCCACUGGUAACGUCAGAUCACAAGGUGCUGAGCACGGCCCUCCGGACACAGAUCCGGGUGGACAGGCGCAUCGGCAAGGUGCGGCUGACGCCCUCUUGGAAGAAACCAGAGGGGGUGGAUGCCGACAGAUGGAGGCAGGCUCUAGAGGAGGCUUGGGCGGCCACGGCAGCGUCCGAGGCACGGACGAGACUCGAGACAACGCUCACGCUUGCAGAAACUAGGAGGAGGCUGGGGAGGACGGAUCUUGUGGAGGAGGGGAUCCAGGUCGAGGAGGAAUGGGGCGACUUCAACACGGCGCUGGGGGACAUGAUGUGCCGCGCCUUUUGGAAGCUUGCGGAGGAGGAGGCCGCAGCAGGCAGGACUGCCGGGAGGCCGCUGAGGCCGCUGCCGCAAAGGGCGGCGAAGGAGGGUGCGGGGAGCAUCGCUGGGAGCAGCUCCGAGGCGGAGGCGGCCCUGCAGGCGGUCGAGGAGGCCCAGCGGCAGGAACGGCUUCAGGAAUGGCGGGGCCGCAUGCGCGGCGGCAUCCAGGAGGUGUCGGCGUGGCUCCGCGGCCAGAAGGAAAUGGCGACGACGCCCACAAUCACAUGGCGAGGGACGCCAAGGGAGACUCUGGAAGAGGCUACAGAGGCGAUUCGCCAGCACUGGCAGGAGGUGUGGGCACCGCAGGCCGCAUCAGGAGCUGAGCAGCGGAGGCGUGAGGCGAUCGACCUCAUGGCGGCGGAGUAUGAGAGGGACCCCCUGCGGUGGAGUGGCGCGACCCCACGCAGCAGGAGGUGCGGCGAGAGCUGGGGGAGGCAAAGGGCAGCGCCAGCGUCGACGGCUGGUCUGGGCCAGAGCCGCUACCUGCCGGCUGCAGUGGCAGACCUGUGUCGGAUGAUUGCCAUCCGCUGGCAGACAGAAGGGAAGGUGCCAGAAGUGCUGAAGGAGACGCGGCAGGCUAACCUCCCGAAGCCGGGCAAGGUGCAGGUUGGCCGGCUGGAGGCUGGCGACGCGCGGCCGAUCAACGUGGAGUGCGUGUGGUGGCGCGUCUGGGCUUCGGCAUGGGUCAAGUCAGCCCCAGUCGCAGAAUGGAGGAGACACAACAUCCCCGACGAUGUGCUGGGUGGCGCCGGCUCCAAAGGCGCGGAGGAAGCAGCAGCGGACAUCGCGGACAACCUCGCCCAGCAGGGGUCCACCAUCUAUAUGGACGACAGGGCGUGGUCCGCGACGACCGCCGUGGAGGCGGGGGGACGGGUGGCCAUCUGGCGCCACUGGAGCGCGCGAGCGGGACUCCGCGAGAACCCACGGAAGAUCCAGCUCGCUGCUCGCGGGCGCGCGGAGGAGGCGGCGCUGCGGGCGGAGGCAGACAGGCAGGGGCUUGGGGACAAGGUGGCCCCAGCGAUGGAGGCCCUCGGCGUCGUCACGGUGGGGGCGCAGGGCAGAGUCAUGCAUGUGAAGGAAGAAGCGCGGGUACAGAGCGCGCUGAGAGAGAUCCGCCGCCUGCAAUGCUUGCCGGUUGGGCGACGCAAGAAGCAGGAAUAUUGCAGGGCCUUUGGGUUGUCCAAGAGCACCUAUGGCUGGAUGGCGAAGACCCCGCCCCAGGUCAAGGCCGACCAGGUGACGGCAGCGAUCAGGAGGAGCGCAGGUGGAUGCCCCAUGGGGUCCAAGCACGUCAUGAACAUCCUCGAGGGCGGCACCUUUGCGGCGGAUGUGGUGAUCGGGUGCCGGCAGGUGGCCACGAUGCGGCGACGGCUGCGGAGGCGAGACGAUUCCCGCUGGUACACGAGUUGGUACCGCAAGCGAGGCACCUUGGUGGCGGAGGUGCGCUGCUGGCUGCGGAAAAUGGGUUGGCAGGAGGAGGCGAGCGCCUGGAACUGGUACCACCCGGGCACGGGGAUGGAGCUGGACCUGCAGGAGCGUCCAACUUGGGACGAUGUGGAGAAGGAUGUGCACGCCAGGCAGAUGCACCAGGUGCGCGAGGGCUGGCGCUGGUGGAACUGGCAGCAGUUCAAGCGCCAGAGGAGGAGGGAUGAGGCCCCGCUGCAGGGCGUCGAAUACGAUGAGGCCCGCGUGAAGCUAGCCAGAGAGGCGGUGAGAGACGGAACGGGGACGAGGAUGCACGUGAUGCGCGGGUCCUUCCUGUCGCCGCUGGCGGCGAAAGCAGCGG